CUCUGGGAAUGGAUGUGAGUAUUUACAAAAAUAAAUUUUUCAGAUCUAGCCUCAAAAAAUUACUAAAAUUCGAAAGAUGACUCCUUCCUGUUACUGGCUACCUCUUGCUCUAACAUUUCUCUUCCCAAACAAAAAAGACAGUCCACUUGCAUCUUAAUGCCUUGAGUAUAAAUAAUGAAGACCUUGCCUCUCUUUACAGGUGUGGUAGAAGAGAAAUGGGUGGUCUUAAGGGGACGAUUACUAAGAACAUUACCAUGCAACAUCCUCUUCUUCACACGGUGGUGGCCUUUCGUCGCACACGGCUGAACCGUCUCUUCACCAUUUCAUACAUGAUCACCAUCUUUGCCCUACUAUACCACCAUUUGCUCAAUCUAGCCAACUCCACCAACGUUUUCUCUCUAUCCAUGUUCCUAGUCGAUCUUGUGCUUGCUUUUAUGUGGACAACUGCUCAGGCCUUUCGUAUGAGUCCAGUCCGUCAUGAGAUUUUUCCCGAACACCUUGCGAACACAAUGAGAGAGAGCGAUUUUCUGGCGCUAGAUGUGUUUAUAUGCACUAUGGAUCCGUUGAAAGAACAACCAAUGACCGUAGUGAACAUGGCUUUAUCAGUGAUGGCGUACGAAAAUCCGACGGAGAAGUUGUCGGUGCACAUAUUGGACGAUGGAGGCUCACA